AAAACAAGACAAGCGAAACGCAUAUGAUUUGAUUCAUCGGCUUUGCUUUCGGAUCGUGCGUUGUUUCACAGGUUUCAGCGGUUUCGCAUGUGCUUUAACUUCAAUAUCUGCGAGCGCUGACUGCUUCGUAGAUGUAGCUUUGAUUGCACGAUAGUUAUGGCACGAUUUAGAAGAAAUCCAGAACAAUCACCGGAAUCCAGAACAGUAUCUCCUUGCGACAGAAGAGAUGUUCCAAAAGAGGCACGAGAUCCUUAUAUUGGUGGACGGCGAGACGAGGGCUCAAGAAAGUCUUCCCCGCUUGUCCUCGACGCAGCAAAGAUGCACUUCUUGCAGAAGGAUCAGUACUGGCUGACAAGAAUUGUAUUUUUACGCUCUCUUGGAUUUGUUUAUGCUGUCGCCUUUCUUGUUGCCCUUAAUCAAAACAAAUAUUUGGUGGGUAAACAGGGUCUUCUUCCAGCGCACCUUUACAUGGAAAGGAUUAAAGAUAUGUACAAAGGCUUCCACAGUGAGACACUGCUGCGAGUUCCGACCAUAAUGUGGCUCCACGAAUACAUUGAUGUUGACACUUUGCUUGACUGCAUAGCAUCUGUGGGCACCGUCCUAGCAUUGGGCAUCACAGUGACAGGAGCAGCAAAUGCAGUCUGUCUCUUUCUCCUGUGGAUUUUGUACCACUCCCUUGUAAACGUGGGACAGCUAUGGUACUCAUUUGGUUGGGAGUCCCAGCUGCUUGAAACAGGCUUCCUGGCAAUUUUUUUCUGUCCAAUCUGGACAUGGAAGCAGCUGCCACGUGGCACACCUCCUUCGCCGGUCGUCAUAUGGGGCUAUCGCUGGCUCCUUUUCCGUAUCAUGCUCGGUGCUGGCUUGAUCAAAGUACGAGGUGACAAAUGCUGGUGGGAGCUGACAUGCAUGAUGUAUCACUAUGAGACCCAGCCAGUGCCCAAUCCACUUAGUUACUACCUUCACCAAACGCCUCCAUUUAUGCACAAAUUGGAAGUUCUCGGGAAUCACAUCAUUGAGCUAAUUGUGCCGUGGUUCAUGUUGCUGACAAGACCGUUCAGGAUAGCAUGUGGAAUAAUUCAGAUAUCAUUUCAGGUGAUCCUGAUUAUGAGUGGAAACCUGAGUUUUCUCAACUGGCUGACAAUCCUGCCAUCGAUACCCUACUUUGAUGAUGCUGCACUGAAAUGGAUGUUCAGCAAAAACACUUCCAACCAAGUGGCAUUGCUGGCAAAGGAAGCGGGGGAACAAAAAGUGAAGCAUAGUAAAGGAAGGAAGGCUACAAAUAUGGCCCUUGCACUAUGCCUUGGUUUUCUAAGCAUACCUGUUGUGAUCAAUCUUGUCUCACCAAAUCAACAGAUGAACACAUCCUUUGAGCCCCUGCGUCUGGUUAACACCUAUGGAGCAUUUGGAAGCAUAACAAAAUCUAGAAGAGAGGUUAUAAUUCAAGGGACACACAGCCUGGACCCACACAACAGAAGUGCUGUAUGGGAAGAGUAUGAAUUCUUCUGCAAGCCUGGCAAUGUGUUUAGGCGACCCUGUGUCAUCAGCCCAUAUCACUACAGGCUAGACUGGCUGAUGUGGUUUGCUGGCUUUCAGGACUAUCAGAGCCACCCAUGGCUCUUCCACUUUGUUGCAAAACUAUUAGUCAAUGACAAAAACGUUUCUAAAAUAAUUUUGAAAAACCCUUUUAUGGACAGAGAACCACCAAGGUACAUCAGGGCAGAGCACUAUCACUACAGGUAUGCUCCAGUUGGCAGCUCCCAAGCAAAGGCUGGUCAGUGGUGGAUACGCUCACGUGUUGGCUCCUAUAUGUACCCAGUUUCGCUGUCCAGCUUGAAGCCCCUUUUGAAGACGUUUGGUUGGGAAAUGCCAUCUAUGUGAAUUGAACCUUGUACUGCUGAUGAACAAUGCCAUGCCAGUGAAUGAACAGUGACAGUGAGAUCUUUCCCCUGCCUUCCUUUCUUGUUCUAGCCUUCACGUUGAAUUUGUUACAGUAAAAAGCAACUUUCUGCUCUUGG